CGCCUCCCGCCUCCCGCCCGGGUCUGCGGUGUCGGCCGGGGCGCCGAGGAGUGCCGCGGUGAUGCGGCGGUAGGGGUGGAGCCGCCGCGCCCCGGCUCAGUUUGGAGCCCUCGCUCGGCCGGCGGGCGCGCCCAGCGCUCACUGCUGAGCCGGGAGUCUGGGCGAAGCCGGGAGGCGGUGGGAGGCCACACCCCGCGCGGCCCGCGUAUUUCCUCGGGAGCCCGCGGCCGCAGCGCACACAGCGCCGAGAUGCGGGGCCUCCGGCUCCUGACCGUCGCCCGCCUCUUCUGCGUGUGGAGCGCGGCGCUGGCCGCCGUCCCCGGGCCCAGGUUUCUGGUGACAGUCCCUGGGAUCAUCAGGCCGGGAGGAAAUGUGACCAUUGGGGUGGAGCUUCUGGAACACAGCCCCUCACAGGUCACCGUGAAGGCGGAACUGUUGAAGAUGGCAGCGAACCGCACGGUCUCUGUCCUGGAAGCAGAAGGAGUCUUUGAAAAAGGCUCUUUCAAGACACUUAUUCUUCCAUCACUACCUCUGAACAGUGCUGAUGAGAUGUAUGAGCUCCGUGUCACCGGACGUGCCCAGGAUGAGAUUUUAUUCUCGAAUAGUACGCGCUUAUCAUUUGAGACCAAGAGAAUGACUGUCUUCAUUCAAACAGACAAGCCCCUGUAUAAACCAAAGCAGGAAGUGAAGUUUCGUGUUGUUACACUCUUCUCUGAUUUUAAGCCUUAUGAAACCUUUUUAAACAUUCUAAUUAAGGAUCCCAAGUCAAAUUUGAUCCAACAGUGGUUGUCAGAAAAAAGUGAUCUUGGAGUCGUUUCCAAAACUUUCCAGUUAUCUUCCCAUCCAAUACUUGGUGACUGGUCCAUCCAAGUUCAAGUGAAUGACCAGACAUAUUAUCAAUCAUUUCAGGUUUCAGAAUAUGUAUUACCAAAGUUUGAAGUUGCUUUGCAGACACCAUUAUAUUGUUCUUUAAAUUCUAAGAGUUUAAAUGGUACCGUCACAGCAAAGUAUACAUAUGGGAAGCCUGUGAAAGGAGAUCUAACACUUACAUUUUUACCUUUAUCCUUCUGGGGUGUGAAGAAAAAUAUUACAAAAACAUUGAAGAUAAAUGGAUCUGCAAACUUCUCUUUUAAUGAUGAAGAGAUGAAAAAGGUAAUGGAUUUUUCGGAUGGACCUUCCGAGUACAUGUACCUGUCUUCUCCUGGGCCGGUAGAAAUUAUAGCCACAGUGACAGAAUCACUUACAGGCAUCUCAAGAAAUGCAAGCUCCAAUGUAUUUUUCAAGCAACACGAUUACAUCAUUGAAUUCUUUGACUAUGCUACUGUCUUGAAGCCAUCUCUCAACUUCACAGCCACUGUGAAGGUAACCCGUUCUGAUGGUCAUCAGCUGACUCCUGAAGAAAGAAGAAAUAAUGUAGUCUUAAUGGUGACUCAGAGAAACUAUACUGAGUACUGGAGCAGAUGGGACACUCGAAAUCAGGAAGUAGGGGCUGUCCAGAUCAUAAAUCAUACUGUCCCCGCAAAUGGAAUCUUCAAGAUCGAAUUCCCAAUCCUGGAUGAUUCCAGCGAGCUACAAGUGAAGGCCUCUUUUCUCCAUAGUGUGAGUAACAUGGCAGUUCAUGGUAUGUUUAAGUCUCCUAGUAAAACCUACAUCCAGCUAAAAGUAAAAGAUGAAAAUAUAAAGGUGGGAUCACCAUUUGAGUUGGUGGUUAUUGGCAACAAGCAAUUGAAGGAGUUAAGCUACAUGGUAGUGUCCAGGGGACAGUUGGUGGCUGUAGGCAAGCAAAAUUCAACAACCUUUUCCUUAAUACCAGAAAAUUCUUGGGCCCCAAAAGCCUGUAUCAUUGUGUAUUAUAUUGAAGAUGAUGGGGAAAUUAUAAAUGAUGUUCUGAAAAUUCCUGUUCAGCUCGUUUUUAAAAAUAAGAUACAGCUGUUUUGGAGUAAAGCCAAUGCUGAACCAUCUGAGAAAGUCUCUCUCAGGAUCUCUGUGACGCAGCCAGAUUCAACAGUUGGUAUUGUAGCUGUCGAUAAGAGUGUGAAUCUGAUGAAUGUCUCAAAUGAUAUUACAAUGGAAAAUGUGGUCCAUGAAUUGGAACUUUAUAACACAGGAUAUUAUUUAGGCAUGUUCAUGAAUUCUUUUGCAGUCUUUCAGGAGUGUGGCCUCUGGGUAUUGACGGAUGCAAACCUUGUGAAGGAUUACAUUGAUGGCGUUUAUGACAGCGUAGAGUUGGCUGAGAGGUUUGUGGACGAAAAUGAAGGCUACUUGGUAGAUCUUCAUGACUUUUCUCUGGGUAGCAGCCCACAUGUGCGAAAGCAUUUUCCAGAGACUUGGAUUUGGCUAGACACCAACAUGGGUUCCAGGAUUUACCAAGAAUUCGAAGUUACUGUGCCUGAUUCUAUCACUUCUUGGGUUGCAACGGCUUUUGUGAUCUCUGAGGACUUAGGUCUUGGACUAACAACUGCUGCAGUGGAGCUCCAAGCCUUCCAACCAUUUUUCAUUUUUUUGAAUCUUCCAUACUCUGUCAUCAGAGGUGAAGAAUUUGCUUUGGAAGUAAUCAUAUUCAAUUAUUUGAAAGAUGCCACUGAGGUUAAGGUAAUAAUUGAGAAAAGUGAUGCAUUUGAUAUUCUAAUGGCUUCGAACGAAAUAAAUGCCACGGGACACCAACAGACCAUUCUGGUUCCCAGUGAGGAUGGGGCAACUGUUGUUUUCCCGAUCAGGCCAACACGUCUCGGGGCAGUGUCCAUCACCGUCACAGCUGUUUCACCUGCUGCUUCUGAUGCUGUCACCCAGAGGAUUUUAGUGAAGGCUGAAGGAAUAGAAAAAUCGUAUUCACAAUCCAUCUUGCUAGACUUGACUGACAGCAUGCUACAAACUACCCUGAAAACACUGAGCUUCUCCUUUCCUCCUCACACAGUGAGUGGCAGUGAGAGGGUUCAGGUCACUGCAAUCGGAGAUAUUCUUGGUUCUUCCAUCAGUGGCUUAGCCUCCCUGAUUCGCAUGCCUUAUGGCUGUGGUGAACAGAACAUGAUAAAUUUUGCUCCAAAUAUUUAUGUUUUGGAUUAUCUGACUAAAAAGAAACAACUGACGGAGAAUUUAAAAGAAAAAGCCCUUUCUUUUAUGAGGCAAGGUUACCAGAGAGAACUGCUCUAUCAGAGGGAAGAUGGCUCUUUCAGUGCUUUCGGAAAUGAUGACCCUUCUGGAAGCACUUGGUUGUCAGCUUUUGUUUUAAGAUGUUUCCUUGAAGCUGAUCCUUACAUAGACAUUGAUCAGAAUGUGUUACACAGAACAUAUACCUGGCUCAAAGGACAUCAGAAAUCCAACGGUGAAUUUUGGGAGCCAGGAAGAGUGAUCCACAGUGAACUUCAAGGUGGCAAUAAAAGUCCUGUAACUCUUACAGCUUAUAUUGUGACUUCUCUCCUGGGAUAUAAAAAGUAUCAGCCUAAUAUUGAUGUGCAGGAGUCUAUCAACUUUUUGGAGUCUGAAUUCGAUAGGGGAAUUUCUGACAAUUACACCCUGGCACUUGUAACUUAUGCACUGUCGUCUGGGAGGAGCCCUAAAGCCAAGGAAGCUUUGGAUAUGCUGACUCGGAGAGCAGAACAAGAAGGAGGCCUGCAAUUCUGGGUGUCAUUGGUGUCCAGACUGUCUGAAUCCUGGCAGCCGAGCUCCCUGGAUAUUGAAGUUGCAGCCUAUGCACUGCUCUCACAUUUCUUGCAGCAUCAGAUUCCUGAGGGAAUUCCGAUUAUGAGGUGGCUAAGCAGGCAGAGAAAUAGCUUGGGAGGUUUUGCGUCUACCCAGGACACCAUUGUGGCCUUGAAGGCCCUAUCUGAAUUUGCAGCUUUAAUGAAUGUAGAAGAGACAAAUAUCCAAGUGACUGUGGAGGGGCCCAGUUCACUAAGUCCUGUGAAGUUUGUGAUUGACACACAGAACCGCUUUCUCCUCCAGACGGCAGAGCUUGCUGUAGUACAGCCAACUACAGUUAAUAUUUCUGCAAAUGGUUUUGGAUAUGCUAUUUGUCAGCUUAAUGUUAUUUAUAAUGUGAAAAAUUCCAGAUCUUCUAAAAGCCGAAGAUCUAUCCAAGAUCAGGAAUCAUUUGACCUAGAUGUUGCUGUAAAAGAUAAUAAAGAUGAUGCCAAUCACUUGGAUUUGAAUGUGUGCACAAGGUUUCUGGGCCCAGCCAGAAGCGGCAUGGCCCUUAUGGAAGUCAACCUGCUCAGUGGUUUUACUGUGUCCUCAGAUGCCAUUCCCCUGAGUGAUACUCUGAAAAAAGUAGAACAUGACCAUGGGAAACUCAACCUCUACUUAGACUCUGUAAAUGAAACCCAGUUUUGUGUUGAUAUUCCUGCUGUGAGAAGCUUUAGAGUGUCAAAUACACAAGAUGCUUCAGUGUCCAUAGUGGACUACUAUGAACCAAGGCGGCGAGCCGUGAGAAGCUACAACUCCAGAGCGCAGCUGACCUCCUGUGACCUCUGCGGGGACGCGCUCGCCUGCGGCCCCUGCGACCUCGCGGCCGAGGCCGGCCUCCCGCGCCUGACUGCCGGCCUCCUCCUCCUCUGCCUCGCGCUUCUGUUCCUGCAGCGUUGGCCGUGAUUUCUUUCCUAAAGACUCCGUGAAACAUUAGCAUUUCCAAAAGCCAUAUGCGACUGUCUUGUCUUCAUAAUCAGAUAUUACCUCUGUUUGGAAAAUUAAUGCUUUUCUUUUUAUGAGUUGGGAGGGGGUGGAAGUGGGGGAGAUGUACUAAUAACAACAGGUCCUUUUAUGUGUAGCUGCAUAGAUGGUUUUUCCCCCCUGACUUCUGUGUGGAACAAAAAAAAAAAAAAAAAAGAAUUAUUGCAGCUGUAUUCUUUUAUUUCCUCCUCUUAAAAUCUUUUAGGAUUUUUUUGGAGGUGUUGUUUUCUCCAGAAUAAAUGCAUUAUUUUAGA